AUGUCUCGGCCCGGCUGGAGUCACAGCUGCUGCUCUUCCCUUCGCAGCGCCGCUUCCUGUCGCUUCUUCCGGGUCCGGUCCGGCGGCCGGCGCCGCGUUUCCGUGGCGAUGUUCCGGCGCAGGAAGAAGAAGCACCGGCUGGAGAUCUCGGCGCCGCGGGACUUCCAGCACCGCGUCCACACGUCCUUCGACGUCUCGACGGGACGCUACGUGGGUCUGCCGGCGCAGUGGCAGAGCGUCAUCGACACGCUGAAGAGGCCACGCCCCCUGGUGGACCCGUCCAGGAUCACCAACAUCGAUCUGGAACCCAGAAAGCAGACGAUCGUUCGCGGCAGCUUCAUCGGCCAUGGCGACUACAUCAGUCACGUGAUCUCUGAGAUGAGCCGCGUCUCCGUCACCAGCUCCAACUCGCUGCGCCGCACCAGCCCGUCGGCCCGGAAACGCGCCCAGUCAAUGGGGCGGCUGGGAGACGUGGCGGAGGACGAGUCCUACCACUACCUGGAGAUCAGCCGGCGGAGCAGCAGCGUGAAGGCCGGCGGGAGCGCCACCUACUGGCAGGACCGCAUCCGGCAGGUGCGCAGCGAGAGCGGCAGCCCCAGAGCGAACAGGAACCUGCAGAGAACCAAAUCCAGCAGUCAGGUGAGCUCCGUAUCGGAGGCCGCUCCGCACAGCCCCGCGUUGCCCCACAGGACGAGCUGCACGCCUGAACCCAGCGUCCGCAGCGGCGGCGGGCGGAAGCCGAGGCCGACCUCCUACCACCAGGCGGCAGAGAGCGGCAGGCCUCAGCUGAGAGCCAGAGCCCCAGCCAAUCACCUGCCGGACCUGCUGUCGUCUUCCACAGAAACCCCCAGGAGGCCGCACUCGACCUAUGACCUCAAGCCGCCAUCUUCCCGCCCCCGGCUGCCUCCGCCCAACAGCACCAGCAGUCCCGUCAUCUCUGGCAGAGUGCUGCCCCAGCCUUCACCUCGCGCCUCCACAGGGGUCGAUGUUUCCACCAAACGUGCCUCCUCGCCGCCCCAGCCGAGCCCCGCGCAGCCAAGCCGCCCCCCGUCCUCCACUCCUCCUGCCGCCCCGGACAGAGCGCCCCAGAAGGUGACCCACGAACAGUUCAAGGCGGCGCUGAAGAUGGUGGUGGACCUGGGCGAUCCCAGGGUCACUCUGGAGAACUUCGUGAAGAUCGGGGAGGGCUCCACUGGCGUGGUUUGCAUCGCCCGGGAACGGCACAGCGGGCGCCAGGUGGCGGUGAAGAUGAUGGACGUGAGGAAGCAGCAGCGCAGGGAGCUUCUCUUUAACGAGGUGGUCAUCAUGAGGGACUACCAGCACCCCAACGUGGUGCAGAUGUUCCGCAGCGCGCUGGUGGAGGAUGAGCUGUGGGUCAUCAUGGAGUACCUGCAGGGUGGCGCUCUCACACAUAUCAUCGGUGAAACCAGGCUGAACGAGGAGCAGAUAGCGACGGUGUGUGAGGGCGUCCUGCAGGCGCUGUCCUACCUCCACUCUCAGGGCGUCAUCCACCGAGACAUCAAGAGCGACUCCAUCCUGCUCAUGGACGGCAGGAUAAAAUUGUCCGACUUCGGUUUCUGCGCUCAGAUCAACACUGACGUCCCAAAGAGGAAAUCUCUGGUCGGGACUCCGUAUUGGAUGGCUCCAGAAGUGAUCUCCAAAACGCCGUAUGGCACAGAGGUGGACAUUUGGUCCCUGGGCAUCAUGGUGGUGGAGAUGGUGGACGGUGAGCCUCCAUACUUCAACGAAACACCAAUCAGUGCCAUGAAGAAACUGAGAGACGAACCAGCGCCAAGUGUCAAGAACAUGCAAAGGGUUUCUCCGGUGCUGAAGGACUUCCUGGGCUGCAUGCUGACACGUGACACGCUACAGCGCAGUGGCGCCGCCGCUCUGCUGCAGCAUCCCUUCAUGCUGCAGGCCACCGCGCCGCGCUGUCUAGUGCCACUGGUGGAGCAGCAUCGCAAACGUAUGUCGCUCUGCUGAGCCUCACCUGGAGCCACAGACUGGAGGAUCCUCGGGCGGAUCACACCAGAGACUCACCUGGGAUCACACCUGAUGCUUCAGGAUUUACAUAAUACAUCUGAAAUCCCAAUAAAGACUAACCUCAGGAUUCACCUGGAGCUUCAAAAGGACCACAUGUUUCCUUUCUACUUUUAUUUUUUUCAUUUUUAUUUAAUUUUUUUACUUUUAUUUUCUUUUUGAUUUUACUUUUCUUUUUGUUUUUAGUUAUUCUAUUUUAUUUUUAUAGAGAUGUUGAGGAACCUUUUCAGUGUUUAGGGUAGGAAAUGAAAGGGAGGCGAUGUGCAGCGAAGGUCCAGAGGUCAGGGGUCGAACUCCAGAUUACAGCUUCCAGGAUAAAUAACCUCUGAACUCGAAGCGGGAGCUGCUGCAGCAGAUUUUACAUUUAUAAACUUCAACAUUAAUUUGAUCUUUUAAAACAUUUCAUGUUCCUUCUAAUUUUAGCUAAAAUUUUUAAAUUUACAUUUUCAGUUAAAAUAAAAACAAUUCCAAACAAAUUGGAAUAAAUAAGUCAGGUUUUAUUCUGAUUUCAGAUCAAAUCACAUUUCAUGUUGAUAUAAUUAACAAACAGCUGAGAAAUUAAACAAUAAGUUCUCAUAUCAUCAGAAAUAUUUCAGUUUAUUUGUAAUUAUAUUGAUUUAUUAACAUUUGCACUUGUUCACAUUUUGAUGUUUGUGAGUUUUUGUUAAAUAAGGGUAAUGUUGAAUAAAUAUCAGUGUUCUUCUG